UUGCAAAGAAAGCAAAAAGGACCUGAUAAUUCUUUCAGGUUGUCCUUUAGCAGAUAAAAGCAUUCAGAGUAUGAUGGCCACCAACUCACAAGAACUCAAGUGCCUGACCCCGGGCUGUGACGGCUCGGGACAUAUCACUGGCAACUACGCUUCACACAGAAGUUUGUCAGGAUGCCCACGGGCUCGGAAGACUGGAAUAAAGAUAACACACAGUAAAGAGGACAAGGAAGACCAGGAGCCGAUCAGGUGUCCGGUUCCUGGUUGUGACGGUCAGGGUCACAUAACGGGCAAAUAUGCGUCACACCGCAGCGCAUCAGGUUGCCCUCUAGCGGCCAAACGGCAGAAGGACGGCUAUAUCAAUGGCCCCCAGUUCACAUGGAAGGCUGGGAAGACGGACGGCACGUCAUGUCCCACCCCAGGCUGUGACGGCUCUGGACACGUCAGCGGCAGUUUCCUGACCCACAGAAGUCUCUCUGGUUGCCCACGUGCCACAGCAGCAAUGAAGAAAGCCAGACUAUCAGGAGUGGAGAUGCUCACAAUAAAACAGCAAACAAGCAAUGGUUUAGACUGUGACACAGAUGUUAAACAGCUGGAUGAAGAUAUUAAAGAUUUAAAUGAAUCAAAUUCACAGGUGGAGGCGGAUAUGAUCAAACUUAGAACACAGAUUACCACAAUGGAGUCUAAUCUGAAGUCCUUAGAGGAAGAAAACAAGAAAUCACUUCACAAAGAGCCUCCAGUUAGACAUAGCAGCUGUUUACAUCAGAGAGAGCCGAUGAGCGAACAGAACUUUGACGCAUACGUGACCACGCUAACGGACAUGUACACGAAUCAAGAUCACUAUCAGAGUCCAGAGAACAAGGCCCUGCUAGAAAAUAUAAAACAAGCGGUACAAGGCAUUCAAGUCUAGCAUCUCAGAACGUUCCUAAAACGAAGGAAUACUGG